AAAUAGAGGAUUCUCUCUUGUUUGUUCACGUUAUUGAUAAAUUUUGUAGUUAAAUAAAAUAUAUUUAAGCUCUGAGUUGCUAUGUGGUUUUUGAAAAACGUUCAAAAUGGUACAUUCUACUACAUCCGACCAAACAUCGCUAAGCACACGGUCAGCCGGUCGACAGGCGAGCUGAUUAUCCAAGGCGAUCCAUCGAUCAGUCGAAACCAUGCAUUCCUUUAUCCAGAGCCCGGCACGCUUAAGGUGAUCGAUGCCGGAUCUCGCUACGGAACGUUCAUCAACGAUGCCAUCGAGACAGAACGCGAGCAAAUCCCGAAGGAUACCCCUUCGGAGCUGAAGGCAGGCGAUCGACUGCGGUUCGGCAAAUGUCAGAGCAUUUGGACGGUGGGCAAGGAGGAUUUCGAUUGCAUCACAUCGACGAUAACGGUAGAUGGGAGGUUGAAAGAGUCGUUGCAGGUGCUGGGUGGGAAAGUUAGGGAUGCGUUCCAGGAUGAAUGUACGCGGUACUUGAUUAUGAAGACGAUUACAACCACCCCGAAGUUGCUGAUGUGUUUGAUCGCUCAGGUUCCGGUAGUGAAACCGGAAUACUUCGAUGAAUGUGUGAAAGCGGUUGAACGUGGUAGAAUGCUACCGAAUGCGGAUGAUUUCAUUCCGGAAUUUACGGAAGCUUACGUUCGAAGUGAAGGAAUGACCUUCGGGAGAGUUCCUUCCAGGAAGAUGUUGUUCCAGGGGAAGACGUUUGUGUUUAUUAAACCGAAGCAUAUGAGCCAGUAUGAAGGGAUAGUAAAGCUGGCUGGAGGAAACUGCGUUUGCGCUCAGAAACGGAAGAUUGCUAAGUCGUUCUUUACCGGGCAAAACGUGAUUGUGAUGCAUGUGGCGUCGGAUUCAAUGUCCCAGACAUCUUCGCAGGCAGUAGAUGGAUUGACACAGAUUGUGACUAAUGCGGGUCGGCGGUUGAUUCCGGAUGUGGAAAUCGGGCUGGCUAUUCUGCACUGUUCAUUGGAGAAGUAUUGUAAUCCGACGCACAAGUUUACGAAUGUGCUGGACAUGGAGACGAUUCCGUUCACGGAAAAUUUCGAACCAGUGGCCAAAAAUAGCGAGGACUGUGCUGGGUCGUCUAAAGGUGAUGCUAAGGAGAGUAUCUCGAUUCCGGAGACGGAAUCGCGAGAUAGUUCUCAAUGCGUUGACGUUCACAAGAGCUUGAUCACAGAGUCGAUGGACUACAGUGGUCAACCGCUGAAGAUUUCCGAACGUGCACAUGAAUUGGCAAAACCAAAUGAAAAGCGUAAGCGAGUAGAGCAGCAGAACGACAAUCCCAAGGAGGUCAAGAAAGCUCGAUCUGAACCCGUACAGCCCAAGGAAGAUCCACCGAGUCAGUUGGAAAUUCCGGAAACUCCUGCCGGUAUCGGACCUUCUCAAGCAUCGAACUUUUCGGGAUUCCUCUCAGUGAAUCACGAUGCAGCCGUAGAGGACGAAUCUUCCACGGAAAAGCCCAAGCAGAAGCGACCGCUAAACCUGUUGCUCGACGAUGGAGAGGGCGAUUUGUUCACGUUCAACGAAGUUGCUCCGAAACGAGCCAAACGACAGGCAACAAUCGCUGAGUCGUUCCAAAGCUCGCAAGUGACCACCAGAACCGCCACUCGCCAUCAGGCGGAAGAUGAUCUUUUCUCAUUCGACAGCGGAACAUCCACGCGAGCUGCGAAGCAAAAGACUCAGGGAGAGGGUUCGGUACCGAAAAGCAACGGGACAACGAUUUCUUCAGUAACGGCACCCUCGUACAAGCAGUUCAUAAAACCUAUCCAGAUUCCGGUGGAGGGCUGGCUGGCGUCGACCUUUUGCGAUCUCAAAAUUAAAACUCAACGGAAAGACGAGAAGGCGGAGGACAGUAAUCAUGAAGCCGGUGACAAGUGUGACGGUGCUAAGAUCAAGGAUGAGCCUAGAGAUGGGGAUGAAGAUCAGAAGACUCGAGUUUGGGAGGACGGAAUGGAGGCAAUGUUUCAGGUACGGGUUAAGUGCAUGAACUUGACUUCGCAUCGACCACACCAAAACAGUACUGAUACAAGCUUCUACUCUACGGGUGAUGCCAAUUCAACCAUCAAUGGUCGGCUUAAUUUCAAAGCUUUUGUGAAGACGCGAUUCCGUCUGUCCCUUUCCAGAAGCAAAACUACAAACCGCAGCAAACGAUAGUUCGAACGAAACCCGUCUGCGUGCUGGACAAUACCCAGGAUGAUCAUUUUUGAGCGCUGUGAAUUCAUCGU